AUGGGCUGCGGGGGCUCCAAGGUGGAGGAGUUCCCCGUGGUGACUCUUUGCCGAGAAAGAAAACAGUUUCUCAAAAACGCCUCCGAUCAACGCUACGCUCUCGCCGUCGCGCACGUCGCUUAUAUGCAAUCGCUUAAAGAUAUCGGCGAAGCUCUUCGGAAAUUCUCCGAUCGGGAUCUCUUUCUUCCGACAAGUUCUACUUCUUCUUCAUCUUCGUUUUCUUCCCCUGUUCUCACAUUGCCUUCACGUGAAGGAAAAUCAAAAGAUGGUAGUAGCCACCGCCACAUUUCCUCUUCUUCACCUUCUCACGAUGGUGAUGAUUCUCACUUGCAUCUUUCUUCUGGAUCGGAGGUGAGUUCUCCUUCUCCAGAUCACAUUCAUCAUCAUCGAACACCCGAGCCUCAAUACGAACCAGAACCCGAACCCGAACCUGAACCAGAGCAACCUUCAUCUUCAAACGGGUAUAAUUAUCCAUUUCCGUAUCCGUAUCCAUAUCCGUAUCAACAAGAUUGGACUCAAACUCAACCAGGGGUUAAUAAUUAUGCAUAUUAUAUGAAGAAAUCUGCACCUCGUGGAAAAUCUAUGAUCUAUCGAGAACCAGAGAAUCGUGUGGCAGAAUCUGGACAAUGGACCGGUUCUCCUUACGGUUAUGGUUAUGCUGGUAUGAAUGGGAAUGCUGCUGGUUAUUAUGGUUUUCCUGCGGGGCCUUUGUCUUCUCCGACUCCACCUCCUCCGCCUCCUGCUCCACCUUCGCCGCCAAGAGUCUCCACUUGGGAUUUUCUGAAUUUUUUUGAGGCUGUUGAUAAUGGUUAUUCAGGUUAUGGAAAUUACAGAUCAGGGUUAGGGUUAGCGUCUAGUGCGAGUAGUCCUGAUUCGAAAGAGGUGAGGGAGAGGGAAGGGAUUCCUGAACUAGAAGAUGAAACUGAACAGGAAAUGGUGAAGGAGGAUAGUUACGAGAAGAAGAAAAAAGUGGCAGAGAAAGAGGAAAAGGAAGAGGUUGAUAAAGGUAGAGAUUUUGGUGAAGGUACUUCGAAUUCGAAGGAAGUGCCAUUGCAACAGGUGAGUAGUAGUGAGGGAAGUUCCAAAACGGUGCGGUUUCAUAUUAGCGAAAGUAGUGGUGAUUCAAGUUCUUCUCAUGAAAAAAAGAGUCCUGAUAGUGUUGUUUCUAAAGGGUCUCCUAGAAAGAAGGGUGUGAGUUUUGAGAUUGAGGGUGAUGAAGCUGCAACGGUCACCACUGUGGAGAUUGAGGGCGAGGGUUCUAUUUUGAGUAGUUUAACCGCUUUGUCUCCACAUGGAACUAGGGAUCUUAAAGAGGUUGUUAGAGAAAUUAGAGAUGAGUUUGAGACUGCUUCUAGUCAUGGAAAAGAAGUUGCGUUUCUUCUUGAGGCUUGCAAACCACCUUAUCAGUCGAGGGUUGCUGCAUUUAGAGUUAUCUUAUCAAGGAUCUUGCAGAUGCUAGCACCUUCUGGGCCACCUUCGCAUCCUCCAUCGGGACCACCGAUACAUUUUUCUUCUAGAACACUGAAAUUGGCAAAAGCAUACUGUGGAGAACCUGAGAAAGAGUUAAUAUCAAAUCCGGUCAACCUUUCAUCUACAUUGGAGAAACUUUAUGCAUGGGAAAAGAAAUUGUACAAGGAAGUUAAGGAUGAAGAGAGGUUAAGAGCCAUUUACGAGAAACAGUGCAAGAGACUGAAAGCAUUGGAUGAUCGAGGAGCUGAAUCUACUAAAAUAGAUGCUACCGAGACAUCAAUAAGAAAGUUGCUAACAAAAAUAAACAUUUGCAUCAGAAGUGUUGAAAAAAUAUCAGCCAGGAUACACAAAUUGAGGGACGAGGAAUUGGAGCCUCAGCUUGCGGCAUUAAUAACCGGAUUGAUAAGAAUGUGGAAAUUCAUGUUCCAGUGCCACCAGAAGCAGUUCCAGGCUAUCAUGGAGAGUAAAACUCAAUCUCUCAAGUUAAACACAGGUUUGCAAAGAGAUGAAGGCUUGAAAGCCAUUAUGGAACUCGAAAGGCAGCUUCUGAAGUGGUGCACUCAGUUCAACAAUUGGGUUGGGACCCAAAAAUCUUAUGUUGAAAACUUGAAUGGGUGGCUCAUAAGGUGCCUUCAUGAUGAACCUGAAGAAACAGCCGAUGGUGUUGUCCCUUUCUCUCCAAGUAGGAUAGGAGCUCCACCAGCUUUCAUAAUCUGCAACGAUUGGCAGCAAGCAAUGAAUAGAAUUUCAGAAAAAGAGGUGGCGGAAGCUAUGGGUGAGUUUGCUCAAAAACUGCACGAGCUAUGGGAGAGGCAAGAUGAGGAACAAAGGAGGAAAAUCAAGGCGGAGUACCUCACAGAGGAUUUUGAAAAACAACUUAAAGCUUUGCGCACUGAAAUGGGAAGCUCCAAACAGAAGCAUUGCGAAAUUUCAGGAAAGACUAAAUUGUCGAAGUUCACUUCUGAUAGUGGUGUUUCACCACUGGAUGAUCUAAAGGUGGAUUUAGAUUCUAUGAAGAAGAGAUUGCAUGAAGAGAGGGCUAGACAUAAAGAAGCCAUUAGGCUUGUCCGCGAUGCAGCUUCGAAUAGUUUACAAACAGGUUUGAUUCCCAUUUUUAAGACAUUAGAAAGUUUCACGUCAGAGGUGGUGAAAGCUCAUGAGCAAGUCAGACUACAAAACACCGUGGCCUCAUAG